GGGUCCGGACAUUAAGGGAACAUGACAAGCGCAGAGAAAUGGACAGACGGUGUAGAUGGUGUUUUAUUGGACAUGACAGGAGUUUUGUGCGAAAGCGGACAAUCCAACGCCAUCAAAGGUUCUGUCGAUGCAGUCAAGCGACUUAAAGAGGCUGGGCUGCCAGUUCGGUUUUGUACCAAUGAGACAACCUACACCAGUCAAGCAUUAGUAGAGAAAAUGAAAGGCUUUGGGUUUGACAUUAAACCAGAAGAAGUGUUUUCACCAAUUCCAGCCAUGUGUCAGGUUCUGAAGGAAAGAGAGCUCCAUCCACAUCUUCUUGUACAUCCUAAUGCACUUGCAGACUUUAGUGAUGUGAGUACUGAGAACCCUAACUGUGUGGUGCUGGGCGAUGCCGUAGACGAGUACUCCUACGAUAAUCUGAAUAAGGCAUUUCAGGUCCUGAUCUCUCUCAACAAGCCAUCUCUUUUCUCCCUUGGCAAAGGGAGGUACUAUAAAGAUGGAGAGGAUUUAGUGCUAGAUGUAGGGUCAUUCUGUAGUGCUUUAGAGUAUGCCUGUGAUAUUAAAGCUGAAGUAGUAGGGAAACCAUCUGCUAUCUUUUUUAACACUGCUGUGAAGGACAUGGGCCUCAGUGCUGACAAGGUGAGAUCAGAAGAUGGACUAAUGAGCCAAACAGGAUAUGUUUAUUUGUUUGGAGUUGUGAUGGUGGGAGAUGACAUUGUGAGUGACGUAGGAGGGGCGCUGUCAACAGGGAUGAAAGGGGUGCUUGUACGUUCAGGGAAAUACAGAACCACUGAUGAAAAUCACCCAAAAGUCAAACCAUCAGCCAUUGUCAAUGAUCUAUCAGAAGCAGUGGACAUUUUGUUAAAAUCCAGAAAACCAAACUGGGAUGGUCUUGCAGAACUUGCAUAGCUACUAAUUUUCAAUUUGUCUUCCGACAAUUUCCCUGCUGUUAUACCCUACGUCAUCCAGGAUUUAUGUCCAUUACAAUCCAUCAGAACCUGAACUCAUCCAUCCUGAUUAUGUAAUGUCAUCAGCAUUCAUUGUGACAUUGAGUGUGCAGCUAGAGUGGCUUCAACUGGACAAUUUUGUAACAAAUUUAUGUCUAAACGGUUUACCUUUUUAAUUGAUGUUAAUUAAUAGUAUACUAAUUGUUUUUGUUUCGUUUUGUUAUAUAAUUACCUGUGUUAGGAAAUUAUAAAAUAUUUUAUUGAAAGGAUUUAUUAUGGUUUACAGUACAUUUUACAAUUUAAGUUAUGGUUUUUUAUGGUCUAUUGUGUCAAGACGAGGAGAAAUAGACUGGUCAUUUCAAUAACACAAAUUUUCUCAGUUAUCAGCCCACUCACAACACUUGAAGGAGUCAUCCAAGCUCUACUAUAUUCAUUUGUAUUUGUAAAUAUAACCAUAAAUAUAGGUCAGUCAAAAUGAUCUGCCAUGUUUACAUUGGUUACAGGUGAAUCAAAAUUCAGUGUACAUUAAAUUUCACAUGGUUGGUUGGA